AUGGUUAGUGAUGAUAAUUAUAGGGUGGGUGAUAGUGAUAAUUAUAAGGAUGAUGAUAAUGAUAAUCAUAGAGAUCAAUCGUGUAACAGUCGUAAAAGUAAUAAGAUGAAGGAAACAAAAAAGAAAAAAAAAAGAAAGAGAUGGUCAUCAAGAUGA